AUGUCGCCUCUUGCCAACCCCGCUAUCCCGAAAGGAUCGACCGUCCUCGUAACCGGAGUCAACGGUCUGAUUGGCUCGCACGUCGCUGAUAAGUUCCUGCAGAGUGGCUACAAGGUCCGCGGAACAGUGAGAGAUACCAAGAAGAAUGCAUGGAUGAGCGAGUUCUUCGACGAGAAAUAUGGCAAGGGCAACUUUGAGCUAGUUUCUGUCCCGGACAUGGCAGUUGAAGGGGCAUUCGACGAAGCCAAGAAGGGGGUUGCCGCAUUUGUCCAUGUUGCCUCGAACGUGUCCUUCGACAGCAACCCGCAGAACGUGAUUCCCACGGUCGUCAAUGGAGCCCUGGUCGCGGCCAAAGCGGCGGCCAGCGAGCCCAGCAUCAAGCGCUUCGUUCUCACUUCCUCAACUUGGGCGGCUCUCAUGCCAAUUGCAGACACCAAGCAGGAGAUUGAUGAGAAGGUUUGGAAUGAGGAGGCCGUGAAGGAAGCGUGGACAGAAGGCGCAAGAUCUCCAGCGCAUGGCGCAAUUGUCUACGGAGCAAGCAAGGCGGAGUCUGAGAAAGCUUUGUGGAAGUGGGUCGAGGAGACGAAGCCAGAGAUGACUGUGAACUGCGUUCUGCCGUCUUUCAACUUUGGCAAGGCCUUGUCGUUGAAGCACCAGGGUCAUCCAUCUACUUCGUCCUCGAUUCAGGCGCUUUGGGAAGGGAACAUCGAGCCUAUCAGGUAUUAUGUGCCACAGCAUUUCGUCGACGUCGAGGAUGCGGGAUGGCUUCAUGUGGCUGCAGCCAUUCAUCCUGAUGUCAAGAGUGAGCGCAUUUUCGGUGUGUCGGAGCCAUACCAGUUCAACAAGAUCCUUGAAUGGAUGCGCAAGAAUUACCCGGACCACAAGUUCCCCGAGGACUUCAUGCAAGGCCACGAUCUCACCGAGUGGAAGCCGCGAGGCCGGGCUGAGGCGCUGUUGAAGGAAAUGGGCCAGCCGGGAUUCACCACCUUGGAGGCGUCGGUGCAGAAGAACCUGGAGGGACUGGCGUAUUAG